AUGUCCGGCUCCGGGAACUCGCCCUCGGUCAGCUCCCCAUCGAAGGAGAGCGUGGCCGAUAAGGCUUGCAAGCUGGCCAAUAGAGUGAUACUCGCGCAGAUUCAGACCAAGCUCAAGAGGAAUCCUGCGACAAACCUAUCUCCAUUCCUUCGGCAGCAGUCGGAGUCCUACGACGAAUUUGUCGCAAAUCUAGCCGCCGGGCAAAACGCCGAGAGUGACAGUGAAGAUGAGGAUUGCCCAGAUCUCUCCAAUGAGCUGUGUGGACUCGUACUUGGUGGCUCACCUGAAAUUAUACAUGCCCUCCACGACAGGGUCUUGGAAUUGUCUUCGGGAGGUGCGACGACGUGCAAUCUCGAUAACUCAAAAAACCUGCCCAUGAAUAUUGUGGCGGGGCUCAAUGAGGCCAUCCAAGGAGGACAAGUUUUGUGGCGAUUGCACGACACGUUUGUCAUCGGCCUUGGGUCUUCUGAAGUCGUCAAAAUCAGCACCUCACUCGACCUUGACGAAAUUAGUAACUUGGAGUACCUCAACAGUCUCUCUCUUGGGAUUCCAAUACCGUUGUGUCUCGGCGCCUUACGAUCAGGCCGAAGGGUUUACUUGUUCAUGUCUCGUGCGUCCGGUCAGCCGCUUGAGAUGGUGUGGCCGCAACUAACGCCCCUCCACAAAACAUCCAUCCAACAGCAGUUGAUACAGAUGUUUACCACUCUACGAUCUAUUCCCCCAAGCACAGCCAGGGAAGAAAUGAAAAUUGGCAGUUUCGCGUCAGGCAUCUGUAAGGACACCAGAAGGUGUCAGCGAGUGAGCGUUAGACCUAUUUAUAAUGAGAUUGACUUUAAUGACUUUCUCUGUCACGAAGAAAAAAGGACACAGACCGCUUGGAUUAAGAUGAUUCGAUCCGCAAUGAGGGCGGAUCAUGACCUGGUUGCUACUCAUGCAGACCUUCAUCCCCGGAAUAUCAUGGUUGAAUGGGACACCGAGGAAGGCGGUACCUUGCAUAUUACCGCAAUCAUUGACUGGGAGCCAGCUGGAUGGUAUCCUGAACAUUGGGAGUUCGUGAAAGCUCUGCACACGGUCGAUAUCAAGGGUGCCUUGGCGGAUUGGUACCAAUACCUCCCCACAGCGGCGAUUGGGUCUUGGCCUACCGAGUUUUCGCUUGAUUUGCUUAUUGGACGCUGGCUUGGGUAA